AUGCUCAGGACCCUGCGGCUGGCCCUGCUGGCUCUGGUCAGCGCGGCGGGCCCGACCCAGGCCAGUGGCUUCACAGAAAAAGGCCUUUCCCUGCUGAGUUUCCAGCUGUGCAACUCCAGCGUGACCCGAAACGUCCAGAAGGUGGAGCCCGUCCAGACGUUGCACGUGACCUAUGCCCCUUGCGGUGGGUGGAUCCCGUGGAGGCGAUGCCCCAAGACGGUCUACAGAACCCGGUACCUGACCGUGGAGGUCCCCGAGGCCAGGAACGUGACCGACUGCUGUGCGGGCUACGAGCAGCUGGGCCUCUACUGCGUCCUGCCCCUGAAUCGGUCCAGAGAGUUCGCCUCGAGACCUGGGGUCUGCCCGGUGGUGGGGCCGGAAGCCCCCGCCUCACCAUGCGUGCUGGACACGGACUGCCCGGGACUUCGAAAGUGCUGCCCUUCAUCCCGGGGCCACCACUGUGUGGCCCCCGCCCCCCGAGAUCCGGACAGCCCGCUGACCUUCUGGUACCAGGUCACUGUCCUGGUGAAAAUGGACUUCAGGGAGCUGGAGGAGGUGGACCCCAGGCUCCUGGACCAUGUGCGGCUUCUGCACUCCAUGGUCACCAGUGCCUUGCAGCCGCUGCGUCCCGCUGUCCACCACCUGCAGUCAGCCCGCGGGGACACCUCCCUCACGGUGUCACAGCUGCUCCUGGGCCUGCCGCGGCCGGUGCCUGUGGCCCGGGUCUCCGAGAUGCUGGACGAGGUCGUGAAGCGCGUCUAUGAAGUGAUUGACAUCCAGGCGCAAGAUGUCGACGAAUGCUUCAUCGAUGACCUCAGCGCCUGCUCCGGGAAGGACCACUGUUUGGGCGUGGAGGGCUCGUCCCCAUGCACCUGUCACCCUGAGCCACCGGCCUCGGGUCCCCAGAAGCUGGACCGCACGUGCGGAGGCUGCCCUCCCAUCCGGGACUACGCCAUCCUCAAUGUCACCAGCAGCAGCUUUCGGGUGUCUUGGAGUUUCAAUUCUACCCGGCGCCGCCCUUUCCACGUGCGGGUUUACAAGGGGGAGGAGCUGGUCUGGAGCACCAGGACCGCGGGGAGGACCCUGCAGGUGGCCGGGCUGGAGGCCGGAGAGCUGUACACGGUGAAGACUGGCUACCAGGCGUGCGGGGCCAAUGUCACCGCCACGCUGGCCGUCAGAACAGACGCCCGCAUCUUCCGGGUCACCAUCAGGGUCCUAAACCGCACCGCGACGGACGAGCUGCGCAGCCGUAGCGGCCCCGAGUACCGGGACUUCUCUCGACAGCUGCUCAGCGAGGUUGAAAACUCCCUCCCGCCGGCGCUGUCCGACCUGCACAGGAGAGGGAAGCUGAGGCUGCGGGUCGUCUCUCUCCGGGCCGGAAGCGUGCUGGUGACGCUCAGGCUGACGGUUCAGGACCCCGAGUUCCCCGUGGGAGUCUCCACGCUCGUCCCCAUGCUCCCACCUCUGCUGGCCAGCGCGGUGUUCCAGAUCGACCCGCGGGGGACGCGCGUGCAAGAUUGGGACGAGUGUGCAGAGGGACAUGACUGCUCCCCCGCCGCCCAGUGCAUCAACCUGGAGGGCUCCUACACCUGUCGGUGCCCGACGGCCAGGGACGCCGACCCCUCCCGCGCCGGCCGGGCCUGCGAGGGUGACGUGAUGAGCCCCGUGGGAGGUGACCCGCCUCCGGCAACAGGCGGAACAGCCCUUGGCUGGGAGACUCCCGCCUUGUGGCCCAGGCCUGGGCACCCCUGGGGCACCCCUGCUGCAGGCCAGACCCAGACCGCAGGGCCCCCACCCAGGAGUGGGGGCAGCGGCAUGGUCAAGCUGGACAGGAACGGCACAGGGCGAGGCAUGGACGAGAUGUCCAGCGUGGCCCUAGGCCUGGUGGCCGGCCAGCGGACAGCCAGCAGGACUCCCGGGACAAUCCCCAGCUCCCCCCCUAGGACCAUGAAGGGCUUGCUGGACACCUCUGGAUGGUCAGCAAGAAACUCCAGCAUGGAAACGUCCUUCUGGCCCACCCCUAGCGAGGGCCCCACAGACCACAUGGAGUGGCACGCCAGUGUCCCCACUUGGAAUACACCAGCACCUCCGGGCCCCACGGAGCCACGCGACUUGGACCUUGGGCCCUCCAUUCCCCCUGACCUGCUCUCAGCCCGCCCUGCUGAGUCUCUGAAGCUUGCGGCCUGUGUUCCCGCCCCCAUCGAAAGGGUCACGGUCUCCGAUGUGACCAGCACCAGCUUCCACGUGGCGUGGGCAGCGGAUCUCGCCCUGCACCCCACCUUCCAGCUCACCCUGGUCCCCGCGCAGAGCCCCGCGGUGCACCUGGAGACCCAGAACGCGAGCCUGACGCUGUCGGGACUGGAGCCCGGCGUCCUGCACCUGGUGGAGAUCGCGGCCCAGGCCUGUGGGAAAGGAAGUGCCCGGGCCCGCCUGAAAGUGAGGACAGCGGCCCAGAAACUCCGAGGCCGAGUGAGAGUGCUGGACGUCAGCUACGUGGACGCCCUCCGUGACGCGGGCAGCCGAGAGUACCGGGACUUCCAUGAGCGGUUCCUGAGGACGGUGCGGGCGUCCUUGCCGGCCGCCAUGCUCCGGCUCAUGGACACCGGCAGGGUCCAGAUGGAGGUGACCGGUGUCACCAACGGCAGCGUCGUGGUGGAGUUUAACCUGCUGAUCGCCACAGAUGUGGAUGUCCACGAGGUGUCCGCCGCGUUCCUCAUGGCCUUUCAGAACGCGUCUCUGCUGGAGAUGGCCGGAGGGGACACCUUCAUCCAGGAUUACGACGAGUGUGAGAACCAGGAGCACGACUGUGAGCCCGGCGCCUCCUGCCGCAACACCCUGGGCUCCUUCAUCUGCAGCUGCGUGGGCGGUGCCCCCCGCUCCCCCCCAGAAUAUUCUGGAAGACCCUGUGAAGAUGACUCUCCCAGCAACACAACCCAGGCCCCCGGCCCCUCUCUGGUUCCAGGCCCAGAGCAGCUUCCCACCCCAGCAGGAGCCGGGGCUGCCUCUGUGCCAGGGACCAGCCAGGGCCCCCAGGAGCCACCGCAGCGGCUGAGCCUGACCGAGGCGGUCAGGGUGCUCUGCGAGAUUGAGAAAGUGGCCAUCACCAUCCAGAGGCGUUUCCUGCAGCAGGAGUCCAUCCCCGAGUCCUCCCUGUACCUGGGACACCCAUCCUGUAACGUCAGGGACCACAACAGCACGCACGUGCUCCUGGUGGCCGGGUGGAGUGAGUGCGGGACCGUCGUGCAAAGCAACAUGACGACUACGGUGGUGAGGACCACGCUGAGGAACGACCUGUCCCCCGACGCCGUCAUCCACCACCUGAAGAUCCUGAGUCCCAUCCAUUGCGCCUUCCAGAACGACCUUCUGACGUCCUUGGGCUACGCCCCGGAGUGGGGGGUUUACACCAUUAUCGAGGACCUCCACGGCUCCGGUAAUUUUGUCACCGAGAUGCAGCUGUUUAUCGGGGACUCCCCUAUCCCCCGGAAUUACACCGUGUCCGCCAGCGAUGACAUCAAGAUCGAGGUGGGACUCUAUAACCAGAACAGCAACCUCAAGGUGGUCCUGACCGAGUGCUGGGCGACGCCGUCCAGCAACGCCAGGGACCCGGUCAUGUUCGUCUUCCUCAACGACAGCUGCCCCAUCCCCAACACGCACACGCACGUGAUCGAGAACGGGGACUCCGGCAAGGCCCAGUUUAAGCUGAAAAUCUUCUCCUUCAUCAACAACUCCAUCGUCUACCUGCACUGCCGGCUCCGCAUCUGCAUGGACUCCCCUGGGACCACAUGCAAAAUAAAUUGCGAUGACAUCCGGUCCCCGAGAAGCCGGGAAGCGUCUGCAACACACCAGACGUCCUGGGGACCCCUCAUUCGGUCUGAAGGUGAGCGUGCAGGGGCGGAGCCAGGCCUGGGAACCGGCUAUCUCGUCCUCAUCGUGGUGGCCGUCUUUGCCUUGGUGACGGGAGCAGGUGCCCUCGUCCUUGUGCACUACCAGAGAAUGACCGGCAAAUACAGCUUCAGAGCCGCGGCGGGCGACGUCGGCUACCAGGCGUUCUAUGAGUAGGAGGCCCGGCUGGCCUGCAGGUAGCUGUGACUCAAACUUGGUCCUUAAUUCAUCAGGCAUGGACCUAAGCUGCUCUGUCCCACAUCCAGAGUCUGGAAGAGUCCCAGAGGUGGUGAAAACAGACUCUGACCGACUCCGGAGCCCAACAUCCAUGCAGGUCCCAGAGAAGCAACGCCCACCAGGAGGGUGAGAGGAGCUGUUGGAGGGGGCGGCCGGGCGAGGGCGACGCGCAGAGCCUCAAACACGGGGCUCUUCAAUCCAAGCAUGAGCGCGGCUCUGCCAUCACACAGAUCACCCCGAUAGCUCCGGAGCACCCAGGCUCUACCAUCCUAACUGGUCCAAGCGGCCCUUUCCUGUUUUGCUGACCAUGGACAUCCGUCACCUGCCACCCACGCCCCUCCGUCCGCUCACCUGCCCGCCCACUCACUCAUCCUUCCAUUCAUCCAACGCUCUAACUUACAACAUCGCACAUUUGCAAAGAUACUCGGCAGUUCACGUGGAGUUCUUUUAGCAAUAGGUCAGUCGUGUACUGAUAAAUACUGCUAAUGUUAUUUCUAGCGGACGUAUAGUCUCUUGAGCUUUCUCCUGCAUUAGCAGUAUAUUGUUUUUAUUUACACAACAGGAACUCAAAAGACAGUCUAUUAAUAUGAAGAUCUUUAUAAGUAGAAAUAACAUUACACAUACACACACACACUCAGUAUUUCAUAUUUUCCCCCGUAGGAUGGACUAUUUACCCAGUACACAAAGGGAAACCGGAGAAGAAAUGGGGCGAGUCAUGUACAUAAGGUCACAGGAUAAAUGAAUAAGGAAGUGGGUGUAGAAUCUAAAUUUUUCUUUUAGAAUAUUUUCCGUGACACCACCCGGACAGCACGUUUCACUUUAUUUAAAACAAAUUGAGUUGUAUCCGAUAGCAAACUCCUGAAAGUUCGGGGUUUUCCCUGAGGGACUUAGAAUGUAGCAUGGUCAUAGUUUUUAAUUCAUGAGAUUAACUUUGUUGACUGUAACUCAUGGCUACUAAUACAGACCAGCUGGAGAAUGUGACUAGUUUGAUGUAGUGGAUAUCCUCAGAGUCAGUAAAGAAUCACAAUACGUCGUGUGUGUGUCUAAGCUGAUUUGGAGCAGGAA